UCUGCCAUACGAUGAUGAGAAUAAGUUAGUGCCUUAGGCACGUCGAGCAGUCGCCCCGCGCCCGUCGCGCCGUCGAGGCGCAGCGCGGCACGCGAGCGGAUCCGCCUGGCGUGACGCGCUCAGGCGGAGUCGCGCGGGGCAUGCCCCCGUGCCGCCGCUGCCAGCGUGCCUGUUUCGAGCCGACUCAUAACGAGUACAGAGGAUGCCGUGCCGCUGCCAGCAGGGUCCGUGGCGGGACGGCGGCCACGUCAGCGACUAUUACGACAGCCACGACGCUUUUGACGGCGCCGGCGGCGAUGACGCUGCGCCGUUUAUUUCGCCGUCAGCGCAUCCCCGCCGCUCGAGCGCGCCUUUCCGCGCGCCCUUCGGUUCUGGCGCAAUCCGCCAUCUGCGCCUGCUGCUGCUGGCGCUCGUCAUCGCCGCGGCGGACCUCCUCUUCCCCGCCUGCUCCUGGCGCAGCUUCCGCCUGCUGCGCGCAGGCGGGGGAGACUCUCCGCUCAUGGGAAGCGUGAGCGCCGUGUCCCCGCCCAACGCAUCAUACGGCCACGUCAGUUGCUCCAUAACCGCGCUCGGGCAUCUCAGCAGCACCCUCUCCCUCCCAUCGCCCUCCCCUCAUCCCCCUGUGCUCUCCGUGCUUUUCCCCCCCGCUCCUCCCCACGUCCUCCCCAUUACCUGCCGCCACAACCGCUCCCCCACCUCUUGCAUCCCCCCUGAGGUGGCGCCGCCCACAGCAUCAGUAGCAGCACCUUGCUUCCCUGGCGGCAACCGCACCUGCACCAGCACCCGCACCUGCCUCUCUGCCUUCUCCCUCGCUGCCCCGUCUCCCUCCCCGUCGCUCCCCUCGCCUCCUGCCCAUCGUCAUCCCGCCUCUAUCUGCCUCAAGCCAUUGCUGCGGCCGCUGCUGCAGGUGAUGGUGUUGCAGCAGCAGCAGCCACGCCCCCCCUGCAGUGGACCCCCCAGGCGCACAAGUACAUCCUUAUGCACUGCGACAGCGGCCAGAUCAGCAACUGGGUGCACUGCAUUCGCAUGCAUCUGCUCUUCGCGGGUCUCCUCCGCCGCACUCUCCUCGUCAACGCCCUCCCCUCCGAAACCAAGCACGGUUACAACUACUCCAUCCUCUUCGACGUUGCGCAUGCACGGCAGUGCUACGGUAACGACGCUGUACAGACGACUGAAGAAUACUAUAACGAGUAUGGCAAGAAGGCGGAGCUGGAUCGAGUAUUGUGCUGGAGGUACGGCUCUAUACCCACUACAGCGCGCGAUAUGAAGUCAUUUGUGCAUAUACCAGAAGAUGUGAACAUCAAAGGCCAUGUGUCCAAACCGGCAUCGGGCACAUUAGAAAAGUUCUACAGCUUUUUCAAUGGGCAUACGGGCCAUGCAGAUGUGAUACUAUUGGGGGAUUUAUACAUCUACCCUUCCUUUAAAGAACUGGCGCACCCCUUGGCUUGGGGUGACCUUCCUUUUCAGCGGCUGCCCGGCUGCCCGAACAUACUCGCAGUGCAGCCAGACGAGUGGGUCUUCCGGGCAGCCGAAGAAUUCGUGCAGGAGAAAUUCGGGCAGAAGCCGUUCCUAAGCCUGCAUUUGAGAGCGGGGGACCUGCGGGCUAGCUGUGAGAAGCAGCAGCUGGACGUGGGGUGCCGGCUGGGGCCGCACCAGGUGGUGGCAUGCGUGAAGAGGCAGCUGCAGCAACACGGGCUGGCGUAUCUAUUCAUCGCCACGAAUGCUGCGAACAAGGAGGUGCAGCAGCUGAAGCAGCUGUUCCAAGCCAGGGACCCCACCCCUCCGCCACCGCCAGGAGCCCCCAUCCCCCCCCAGGCGUCACCACCCACGUGGUGGCCGGCGUGCGCGGGUGGCCGG